AAUCUUAAGAUAGCGAGAAAAAUAUUUUUGAUGCAACAAAUGUGAUAAAGAUUAUGAAAGCUAAUCUUGAUAAAUAUGAGUACACUAAUUAUGAGGAUUCACUAUUCCUCUAUCUCUUUCUUGCGAAAUGUUUAUCGUCUUCCCCUGAUAAGCUGCACAAUCUUAAAUAUUCCUGAUAGUGGCUACUUGCCCUACAGCGGUAGAAAAAUCAGUUACUUUAGGACCAGACAGAAGUUGCUUACCUUCAACUUCAAAUUUCAUUUGCAGCGAAACUUAAUAAAAAUGCCGACAGCCAGCUCAAAUAUUCUUAGUGGGAAAGAUGUUUCUUUAGAUAUACAGAAACAACUUCAAGAAGAAGUGAAACUUCUGAAAGAAGAACAUCCAAAUUUUGAGCCAGUUUUGGCCAUUGUGCAAGUUGGUGCUAGAGAGGAUUCUAAUGUUUAUAUACGUAUGAAGAAAAAAGUUGCCUCUGAAGUUGGUGUUACUACUAAACAUGUUCAAUUGCCUAGGACCUUGAGUGAAAAUGAGAUUCUUUCAGAAGUCCAGAAGUUGAAUGAUGAUCCUAAAAUUCAUGGAAUAAUAGUUCAGCUACCACUAGAUACUGAUUCCCCUGUUGAUGCCAAACGUAUUACAAAUGCAGUUUCUCCUAGUAAAGAUGUUGAUGGUAUUUGUGAUGAAAAUGCUGGAAGAUUAUCUCAUGGAGAAUUAGAAGGUUAUUUUAUAGCUUGUACUCCACUUGGUUGUUUGGAACUCAUUAAAAGAACAGGUGUUCCCAUUAAGGGCAGUAAAGCCGUUGUUAUUGGUAGGAGUAAAAUUGUAGGUCUUCCAGCAGCUUUAUUAUUGCUUUGGCAUCAUGCUACUGUCACUAUUUGUCAUUCCAGGACACAAGAUUUAAGAUCUGUGGUUAAAGAUGCUGAUAUAAUUGUUGCUGCUGUUGGUCAAGCUCAAAUGGUAAAAAAAGAUUGGGUAAAACCUGGAGCUGUUGUUAUUGACUGUGGUAUAAAUAGUAUUAAAGAUGAAACAAAAAAAUCAGGUUACCGACUUGUAGGAGAUGUGGAUUAUGAUGAGGUAAAAGAAGUUGCUUCUUGGAUAACACCAGUGCCGGGUGGUGUUGGACCCAUGACAGUCAUCAUGCUGAUAAAGAAUACUGUUUAUGCUGCAAAACAAGCUGCUGAAAAGCUGUAAGAAAUUGCUGCUCAUGCAAAAAUUGUCCAAAGAAGGUUGUGAAUCAUCAAGAAAAUUCAUCUUUAAAAUGUUUUGUUAUAAAUAAAUUUGCUGAAAAACUU